AUGGCUCCCCUCCUCCGUCUUCUCUGUCUCCUCCCUGUCGUCCUAGCUCUCCCUACUGCCCAUGUCCAGAGAGAGUCCCCCGACAAGCCCGCGCUCUCACCGUGGAACGCAGGUGCCACCACUUCCUUCGCUAUCCACUCGAGCUGCAAUGCCACGCAGCGCCGGCAGAUCGAAGCCGGCCUCAACGAGGCCGUCGCGCUAGCCGACCAUGCCAAAGCCCAUCUUCUCCGCUGGGGCAACAGCAGCGACAUCUACCGCAAGUACUUCGGCGACCGACCCAGCAUGGAAGCCAUCGGCGCGUACGACGUGAUCAUCAGCGGGGAUAAGAGGGAUAUGUUGUUCCGCUGCGACAACCCGGACGGCAACUGCUGGGGCGGCCACUGGCGCGGCAACAACGCCACCGGCGAAACCGUCAUCUGUGACCGCAGCUACACCACCCGGCGCUCGCUGCUCACCAUGUGCGCGCAGGGCUACACCGUCUCCGCGUCCGACACGAAUACUUUCUGGGCGGCGGACCUGAUGCACCGCCUGUACCAUAUGCCUGCCGUGGGGCAGGGGCGGAUCGAGCACUUUGCGGACGGGCAUGAGGAGGUGCUGACGCUGGCGAAGGGCGAGGGAGACGAGCCCACGCAUGACUCGGAGACGCUGCAGUAUUUUGCGCUGGAGGCGUAUGCGUUUGAUGUUGCGGUGCCUGGCGUGGGGUGUCCGGGGGAAGUGCAGGAGCAUGAGCAUGAGCAUGGGGAGGCUGCGACCAAGACGCAGACUCAGAGUCCGACGACGUCUACGGAUGUGCCCGCGAAUUGUCAUACGCAUGAGGGAGGGGUUCUUCAUUGCACGUAG